UUUCCUAGAGCUGGUAAAUAAAAGCUACACUAAUGUUCUGUUCGUGGUGUCUUCCUCGGACCCCUCGUUUCAAACUUCAUGGGAACUUGCAUUAGCAAAUGCAAACCUGCCACUGAAGAAUUCAAACAUCCCAUCCAAGUCAAGCUUGUGAUAUCCCAUUCUCCUUCUCUUUCUACCGUUUCCAUCCCUAGGAAUCCCUCUAAAAACCAACUUUCUCCUCUUUCGUAUUCACCUACUAGCUCUACUACUAGUAGUAAUAGUAGUGUUGGUACUUCUACUACUAUUACUACUACCACCACUACUUCCUCUACUUCACCGUCUAUAUCUAAAGAUAGGUCAUUUUCCAAUGAGUUUUUGUGGUCAUGCAUCAAAGAAAAUCCCCACAUAAUUCAAGUCGAUCCAAUCCCUCUGGAUCUAGGACCCACUAAAGCUUCUAUCCGGAACACCCAAGAACGGCAAUCUAAAACCGACAUUGCAGUAGGAAAACAACCCAUUCCUAGACGCACCCAAUCACAACCGACCCAGAUAGCUCGGCAGAAAAGCUUUAGAGAGGAAAAGGAAAAGGAAAGGAGGUCCCGAGCCUCUCUCCCCAGGCGAAAUGUAGGCACACAAUCUCCUAGUCGAAGAUUCAAUGGAGUUACUUAUCGAGAUCCUUUGAAGAAUCCAGUAGAGGAGAGUCGCAACCAUGGGGCUAAUUAUCGUGGUCUUUCUCCGUCUCCUAGUCGAAGAUUCAAUGGAGCUAAUCGGGGUCUCUCUCCAUCUCCUAGUCGAAGAUUCAACGGUCAAGAUCUUCCCAGGAAUCCACAAGAUGAGACUUGCAAGAAUACCAUUUCUCGUCGGGGUCUCUCUAAGUCUCCUAGUAGAAAAUUAAAUGGAGAUGCUUGUAAGAGCAUCACAAAGGAUCAGCUAAAGGAGAACAUUCGGCCCACGAGUUGUACGCACCAGAUCAAAUCUCAAAUUGAUCAGAGUGUUGUGGAAGAUGUGGUAUCUGACCAGGAAUCCAAUUCUCUUCCAAUGGAAGACAUUGAUAACCCACUCAUUUCUUUAGAUUGCUUCAUCUUUCUUUGAAGGGGCGUGUUUGGACAUUGGUGUGUUGUGUGUAUUGUAUUACAGAAGGUUUUGUGAUUGUUUGAUUGAUUAAUCAAAAUAACAAAAAGAUUUGUGAUUGCUUAUCUAAGAAUGGUGUGGUUUUCUUUUGUGGGUCUCGAAUGAUCUACGGUUCAAAUGAAAAAUAAGGCAUUUCUCUGAAUUGCCAAUGGCGCAUGUGUAGU